UUACAUAAAUAAAUAGCAGCGUCGAGGCUAUAAUAAUCGGUUUUUCAUCUCCUCGGGAGGUUCGUCGACUCCCGGAAAGGGGUGGGGUGAAGGGGCGCCGCGCAUCCUCCCUCGCCCCCCCUCCCUAAACCACCCGGAGCAGGAAAAUCGGGACAGUCGUCGAGCAGGACUGCUCCGGUUAAACGUGAGACGCGACAAUGCGAUGAGGUAAACGAGGUCAAAAUGUGCGGAAAAACGGUUUUUUUUUUCCAGGGACUGAUCCAGGAUGUUAUUGUGCCCGGGGAUUUUAUGGAUCAUAUCCGCCCUGACCGUCGGAAGCUGCGGAAAUCCGGACGCGAAACGUCUCUACGACGACCUCCUGUCCAACUAUAACAAACUGGUCAGACCGGUGGUGAACGUCAGCGACGCCCUCUCGGUUAAAAUCAAACUGAAACUCUCUCAACUCAUCGAUGUUAACCUGAAGAACCAAAUAAUGACCACCAACGUGUGGGUGGAGCAGUCAUGGUACGACUAUAAGCUGCAAUGGAACCCAACAGACUACGGAAACGUGGAGAUGCUCCAUGUGCCCUCGGACAACAUUUGGAGACCCGAUAUAGUCCUCUACAACAAUGCCGACGGGAAUUUCGAGGUCACCCUGGCCACCAAGGCCACCCUCAAUUUUACGGGACGCGUCGAGUGGAAGCCUCCCGCGAUUUAUAAGUCCUCGUGCGAAAUCGACGUCGAGUAUUUCCCGUUUGACGAGCAGACGUGCGUGAUGAAGUUCGGAUCGUGGACGUACGACGGUUUCCAGGUGGACCUACGACACGUAGACGAGUCCAAAGGCUCUACAACCGUAGAUAUCGGCAUCGACUUGACCGAGUUCUACACCUCGGUGGAGUGGGACAUCUUGGAGGUACCAGCGAUCCGUAGCGAGAAGUUCUACACCUGCUGCGACGAACCUUACUUGGACAUAACCUUCAACAUCACCAUGAGAAGGAAAACGUUAUUUUACACGGUGAACCUUAUCAUACCGUGCAUGGGCAUCUCUUUUCUUACCAUUUUGGUGUUUUACUUACCCUCGGACAGUGGGGAAAAAGUAAGUUUGUCUAUAUCGAUCUUACUGUCUUUGACGGUGUUUUUCUUACUACUCGCUGAAAUAAUCCCUCCCACUUCCCUGGUGGUACCACUGUUGGGUAAGUUCGUUUUGUUCACGAUGAUUCUGGACACUUUCAGCAUUUGCGUGACCGUUAUCGUGCUAAACGUGCACUUCAGGUGUCCACAGACCCACGUGAUGUCCCCGUGGGUAAGACGCGUGUUUAUCCAUAUCUUACCCAGGCUGUUGGUGAUGAGACGACCCCAUUAUAUGUUGGAUAGACGGGGUUACAACCCGUACCCUCUACACGCGAAACCCUGCAACGGCUUACGUCACUUCCGGUACGAUUCCGGGAUAAUGGACCAAACGGAAAUGCUCUCGACCACGAGCAUCUGUGAUAAAUUGGGGAACGGCCGGGAACAGGAGUCGGCGCGUCUGUUGAGCUGUCGGGUGCACGGUACCACCUCCCCCAUACUGCGGUUCUCGUUGGGGGAGGAGUGCGAGGCCUCGUUGGAUCCGACGGGAGAACUCGCCUGGCACCAGUGCCCGGAGGUGCACAAGGCCAUUGACGGAGUGAGAUUUAUUGCGGAUCAUAUAAGGAGAGAGGAGGAUAGCAUCAAGGUAAAGGAGGAUUGGAAGUACGUGGCGAUGGUGCUGGACCGUUUAUUCCUCUGGAUUUUUACGUUGGCGGUACUGGUGGGUACCGCGGGCAUAAUUUUACAGGCGCCCACCCUGUACGACGACCGGCGACCCAUUGACGUGCGCAUUUCCGAGAUCGCCUCCGCCACUGUCAAACCCUACGUUUCCACCACUUUGUAGACGAUUAUUAUUAUUAUUUUUUAAUGUAAAUAAACCGGUUUUUCUUUUC